GUAUGCAUGUAUGUAUGUAUUUCUUUAGACCUUCGGUCAAGGAAAACCCGUGAAAGUGCAAGCACUUAUUUCCGACGGCGUCCUUUGUUUUUGCUGAAGGGACAGCAGGCUGAAGAGACAGUGUUUUAUCAACUGAGUGGGAAGUGGAACAUUAAACCAGUUGCAAUGAUGAUGGGCAUGCAGGGAUUGGAUCAAGGGUACAUUGACCCUCGCAUGAACAAUGAGCCUCUGGCCUUUAACUCCAGUAAGGGCAAACCUCCUAUGGCCACAGACUUGCCCAUGGACAAGAAAAAUGAUGACCAGGGAAUGGGUGCAUUCACAGCCAAGCUCCUGAAGAUACCGAAGGGGGACCGUGGGGAUCACGGCCAGGGAGAUGAUAUGUCAAUGUCAAUGCAACAUAUGCCUCCAGGUGGGAAUAUGGACGGCAAUAUGAUGAUGCAGGGAGGGUUUUUUCCCAUGGGAAACAUGGGAAAUAUGACGGGUAUGAACCCCAUGAUGGGAAACAUGGGUAUGAUGGGACAGAGUCCAGAUGGCAUGAUGGGAAUGGGAAAUAUGCAGGGGAACAUGGGAAAUAUGCAGGGGAACAUGGGAAAUAUGCCGGGAAACAUGAUGAUGUUUGGAGGGAUGCCUGGCUGGGAUGGCGGCCCUAUGGGAGAGAUGCCAAUGGCACCCAUGAAAGACAUCAUCAGGAAAGAAAACUGUGUGCUGUACCCACCACCAUCCAACGCCCCACCCCCAACCACGAGGGAGCAACCCCCCGGCUGCAGGACUAUCUUUGUUGGCGGUCUCCCCGAAACUUGCUCAGAGGACAUAUUACAGGAAGUCUUCUCAGACUUUGGGAUAACAACAAGUGUCAGGAAGAGUAAGAAGAAGAACUUUGCCCAUGUUCGGUUCGAAGAUGAGAAUAGUGUGGAGCGGGCACUGUUCCUAUCAGGUUACAGGAUGAAGAUUGAAGACAAAGAUGAUAAGGCCAACACUGGCCGACUACACGUAGAUUACGCAAUGGCAAGGGAUGACCAGUAUGAGUUUGAGUGUAAGCAGCGAUCACUGAUGCGUGACAUGCGACACCGCCAGCGAUUGGAGGAAGAGAGACUUCGCCCACCAAGUCCCCCUCCUGUCACGCAGUAUAGCGACUACGAGGCACAAACACUGCACGAGCGACUCAAAUCCGAUGAAGAGUUUAUCAAGGCAGCACAGGUGCUGCUCACAUGGCUGGAGCGUGGUGACGUGAAUCGACGCAACAUUAACCAGUUCUACAGCAUGAUACAGUGUACAAACUCACACAUCCGUAGACUUCUCAUGGAAAAACAGGGCCAUGAGGAAGAAUUGUUCAAGAUGAAGGAGAAAUUCAAGAACAUCUUUGAAGGGAUUAUCCGACAAUUCGAUCAGAUAGAGAAAAUAUUCACGUUGGCACAGAAACAACGCAACUGGGAUCAUUUUACUAAGGCACAGCGCAAGAAUGUCGAACUCUGGCUCAAACAAGCAAAGGAGAUAAAGCAGAGCCAAGUGGAUGAAUUUCUCAACUCUCGCCAGGAAGAUGAAAUGGAAAUGUCUGAUGAGGACGAUGGGCCGUCGGUCAGCAAAAAAUCAAAGAGACCCGAUGUUAAUGAACACAAUACUAAUCAUUAUGUGGAAAUGGCUUCAAAGCUUGCCCUGGUGAACAGCUUGAAAGAUGAAAACGAGGAGUUGAAAUGUCAGAUGGAGGUAUUCAAGAAUGAACUGGCUGUGUACCAACAGGAGAGCACCAACCCAGGCCCAGACCGUGAGAAGGAGCUUAAGUCACUCCAGAUGGUCAUGCAGGGAAUGCAACAGCAACUGAUAACAGCACGGAAUGAGAUGUCAGACUUCAAGCGAAAGGCAGACCAGGAGCGGGCUGUCCUUGUGCUGGAAAAACAGGGCGUACAGGAAAAACUGGACAGAUUGAUGGCGGAGAAGACAGCUGACAAGGCAGCUGAUAAGGAAAAUAAGGAGAAGACAGAUUUAGAGACUCUCAAUGAGAAACAGUUUGAAGUCAGCAAGGUUGGGGAUGACACGAUCAGCAGCAGUGGCAUACAGUUUAGUGAAAAAGAGGCCAAACUUGUUGGCCUGGUAUGUUGUUUCCUGCACGUGCAUCCAACAGGUGCGUCCAUUGACUACAUCUGGUCGUACCUUCAUCGUCUUGGUGUCUCAUGCCGUGUCAGUGAGCUGGAAACUCUCCUCGAGAAGAUCCCGGUCAUCUUUAACCAGGAGGUCAGUGGAGUUGGAGCAACAAUAGAGCGACGCUGGCACUUUACCGGAUAUAGGAACUUGAGUACUUCUUCUAUGUGAACAUGCAUUUGGGAGAAAUAUUCAGUGAAUGCUAAAAUUUGAGUCCUUCUACGAGCAAAAGAUGGAAGACUGGUAAACAAAUCUUAGAACCUCAUCUAUGUGAACAUGUAUUUGAGAGAAUUAAUCAUUAAAUGCUGAAAUGUAAGUCUUUUGUGAGCAAAGAUAGAGCAAAGCUGGCACUUAACAAGGUGUAGAUUAAAAGAUUAGUCCGACAUCUAUGUGAUCAUGUUUGAGUUGAAUACAGAUACUGUAGAUCACAGUUUACAAUCUACAGAAUUGAACCCGAGUGCCUCAUCUCUUAUGGCUUCAAUUGAAACUUAAGAGUCAAAGGUGCAUAUUUUGAUUUUCUUAUAAAAUAAAAAUCAGCAAAAGUGUUGAUGAAGAAAUUUGCUGAAUAAAUUACCUUACUAGUUUUUCCUUUGUAUGUACAUCUUUUGUCACAAAGAAUAAUAUUUAUGAUGUUAUGUUUAAUUUUAAAAAUUCCUUUGUCUUAGUCCAAGUCUCAAACAUAAGUGAAUAAAGGCCGUGAGCGCCUGUUCUACUUAAACAUGUUUGGAGAAAUAAUACUUUUGAACAUGGUAAAGUGGUGGUCUGUAGAAUGUUAUGGCACAAGUACCAUUUUUUAAUGAUUUUUUAUGCUCAUUAAGCUUUAUGAAGAAUAGUUAUACAUGGUAUGUAAGCUUGGCCAAAAGAUAAACUGUUAUAAGAAAGAGAUAUGAACUCUCUAGGGAUGUUUGGCAUCCAGUGGUUGGUUAUCCAUGUCUUCUAUAUCAGUUGAUGUGGUAGCUGUAUGAUAUCUGUUGUUUUAGAUGUAGUAGCGGAUUGUUGUGUUGUAAACAUGUUAAAUAAAUCAUGUGCCCAUACUUUACUGUUUCAAAUGAUUGAAAUAAAGAAAAUAUUA